AUGUACACGAAACUCUUCUCGUCGCUUGCUCUUCUCGUGAUCCCGGGCGUUGCCCGUGGGCUGAUCGAGACGUGUGAGGACCUUCAGGCCGCCUUCGAGCUGACCCAGACGCAGGACGUGGUGGAUGAAAUAUCCACGUUCGGGGACAUCGAGUGCCCAAUGUUCACGAACAUGACCAUGACGUCCAACACGCUCACGCUCAACUCGGCGGAAGACUUGUCGAUCACCUCCGGAAGCACCUCGCUGAUAAAUGUCAGGCUCGAGGUCACCAACGGGGCGAAGCUGGUCUGGGAGACGAGCGUGUUCUUCCUGGGAGACGAAGAAGUCGAGAACAAUGUCAACGGCGGAGGCGUGUUUGUGGGCGAAGGCUCCACGGUGCGUUUCCUGAACGACGUGCAAAUAAGGGACGUCCGCAUCACCAACGAGAGGGAUGGAGACUCUGACAACGCCGUGUUCGUGCGCGACGGAGGCUGUGUGUGGACCGCUGGCUUCUUCCGGGUUGACGGAGAGGCAACCUUCACGAGCUGCGCCAUCAUCGGCACUGGAGAAAGCCCCCCGGGAUCGGGGGGAGCGGUCUUUGUGGACGCGACAGGGUCCGUCCUCUUCAACCAAGGGGUUGCGAUCAGCGACACAUUCAUCACCAACGACGGAGGCGGCGACGGUGGCGGCAUUUUCAACCUCGGCAAGGUUAACAUCAAGGGGGACUCCCGCUUCGAGGAGCUUUCGGCGAGAUCUGGAGCUGCCAUUUUCAACGGCGAGGAUGCAAGCUUCAACUUCAGGAAUGGGGCAAGCGCCUUUUUCCGGGACUUGUCGAACCGCGACUCCGAGGGAAGCGCUCUGGUAAACCUGGGGUUCUUCAAGUUCUCCGGCCCGGUUCUCUUUGUCGACGCCGAGGCGCCCGUGAUCGUCGCAACGGAGGGCAGCACGACCAUCAUCUCGAGGGACUCGGCCUUCUGGAUGUUCGAGAACGACGACGUCACUGGCGAAGCUAUUUCCGUUGCUGAUUCGGCUGAGGUUUCGAUUCCCGGCUCCGUUUCGUUCGUUGGCUUUUAG